UGUCGGUUGUAGACAGUCAGAUUCAUCGCAGUCGUGCGCAGAGCAUACUCUCACAACAUUCCUUUCAUUUGACUCAACCGACAUUAUUCCACAGAUCCAGUGUUUGAUCAGCCAAUCCAAUCCAAUCCACAAUGCAGUGGAAGUCACUCCUUCUUUAUGGUGCCAUCGCCGAAUCGGCCCUGGCUCGCACUCACGGCCACCAGCGCCGACAGCACUCCCACGGUCAUGCCGACCGUGCCCCGGAGGCACACUUGGCUGCUCGUGAAGUGGUUGUGGAGACCGUGGUGAACUACCACACCAUCACCGUGACCAGCACCAUCACCGGUGCAGCUCCAACCCUCACCACCUACGAGGCGGUCACCACCAUCGCCUCUGACGCCGCGGCCACCACUUCCACCAGCGAUGCCGCUGCCUUUGUCGAGCUCGACCUGAACGAAGACCUGGCCAUCAGCGCCAGCCUCAACCUUGGCCUCUCUAUCGGAGGCUACAAGCCCACCAGCACCAAGACGCACGCGCACACGAGCACCACAUCAACGACCACCUCGGCCGCAGCCAGCAGCAGCGCCGCAGGCGUCAGCUCGGCGUGGUACACGUACCCGACGAACGGGGUAUACUCUACGAGCGGGUUCGGGGAGCGCAGCAACGGGACGAGCAGCAGCGGCGACACGUACGUGGGCAACGUGGGCAGUCCCUGGGGCAGCAACAUUAUCGAGGUGAGCGCGAGCUCGGCGUGGCAGUACAAGUACGUGGUACAGUUCACGGGGCAGAACAGCGAGGACUGGUUCGUGAGCAUCUGGAACAAGAUCGGGCCGGACGGGGCGGACGACGGCUUCUUCGGACACUCGGCGCUGAACUUCACGCUGGCCGCCGGUGAGACGCGCUACGUUGCCUUCGACGAGAACUCGCAGGGCGGCUGGGGCGCCGCCGAGGGCUCCAGCCUGCCCACCAACGACUACGGCGAGUACUCGUGCACCUGGGGCGAGUUCGACUUCGGCGACGAGGAGAACAGCAGCUGGUCCGGUUGGGACGUCAGCGCUAUCGUCGCCCAGAGCGCCGACCAGACCGUCCAGGGCAUGAAGGUCUGUCGUCACGGCACCUCCAUCGGUUGUUCGUAUAUCACCUCCGACGCUGGCACCGUUCACAACGCUUAUACCCCGGCCGAGAGCUCCGUCGGUGGCAUCGGUGGCUCCGUCACUGCGGGACCCCUGCGUCUGGCUGCUGUGAUUGACUAUUCCGGUUGAAUUGGCUUAAGCUCUUGAGUUGAGCUGCGAACUGGACGGAGCGUGUAUAUCCACCUCGGGCUGCUCUUCUCACUGUAUAUGCCUCCAGAGUUGUUGAUAUUCCCGAAGUAUAUACUAGGCCUAGUGUUUCAAGGUGGUGGCUAGUUCUUGUUGAUACUUUUCUUCUGCAGUAAAG